AUUAAAACUUUGGCUAAACACAGAUACAAAAAUUUAAUAUGGAUGGGGAGUUAAGUGCUUUCGGUUUUACGGUCAACAUUGUGUUGACAGUCCUUGCGUCCGUCUUGGUAUAUUUGUAUGCCUAUUGGCAUUAUUAUGUAAAUGAGGAGCGAAAUGAACUGACUGUUUCGAAAUUACUGGCUACCAAUCUACCCGAUUUGCCGCCAAUCAAAUUGAAUCUGGAUCAGUUGUUGGGAUUCGAUGGGACACGAAGUGAUGGCAGAAUACUGGUGGCGCUAAGGGGAAAGAUCUACGAUGUAUCCAGUGAUUUCGAGGAAUUCGGUUUAACCGGCACCCUAUCUCAUGUAGCUGGCAGGGAUUUUACGAAUUAUCUCAAAUCAAUAAUGGACACGCACAAUUCGGAGAUCAACUAUGUGGAUCGUUGGGAAUCCAUACUGGAAACGAAUUAUUCAUGUGUCGGUGAAGUCAUCGAUGAGCAGGGCAAUCCUCUUAUGGGAAAAAUUGAAAAUCAUGAUGUAGAUGUAAUGGAGGAAACUGAGGAGGACAUGAUAGAACCCAUCAAAGCUAAUGAAAAGUCAAUGAAAUCAGUUUUAACUGCCGAAACAUUGCCAUCGGAAACCAAAUCACAGAAAUGUUUAGAAGAAUCCAAUUCCAAAAUUCUUAUCCAUGCGCAAAUUUCCGAUUGUUAGAAAUGAAAAUUAUAAAAUUUCGCUAUAAC